AUGGAACAUCAAAUAUCGCUAUUCGUUUGCCUAAUUUUAUGCGGACCACUUUUCGCGUGCACUGCGACUAGUGGAGCAUCGCCAAUCGCGACAACGACCGAUGUGCCAAUGACGUGUACAGCGAACCAGAUAAUUUUCGGUUCAAGGAAUGACCACUUCAUCGACGUUUAUUACAAAGACUAUGUUGUCGACAGCGACGGAAACGCCUCGAUGACGGUUGGAUGUAUGGCUGACGCCAAUCAUAACACCUAUAUGAUAUUUAAUGACGGACUAGGAGGACCAACGGACAACCAAGAUUUUCCUCAGACAAUUGAGAUCACGCUCUCCUGCGUCGACCAAGUUUGGAAUUAUGUCGUCGUCGUUGAUGGCGUCUCGUAUUCUCAGCCAAUAACGCAAAUCGACUGCCAACAAUCACCCAAUUAA